CACUCUCGACACGCUGGGACAUAUCGGCCUUUAUCGCGGCAAUGGGGCUGGAAGAUUUUGAAAAAGAGCUUGCGCAGAGCAAGAAACAGGAUGGGAAAAAGAAGCGCGACAGAAGUAGAAGUCGCGACAGACACCAUCGCGAACAUCGACAUAAGCAUUCACGUCACCACCGCGACGACGAUGACCGAGAGGGACACAAAAGCAAGCGAUCGCGACACCAUCGAGAGACGUCGGAAGAGCGUGUACGCAGGAAACAAAAGGAAAAGGGACGCGAUGAGGGCCACAAGGAGCGAUCACACCGGAAGAGCAAAGACCGACGCAGCGCGUCUCCUUCCAGCGAGGACGAGGAUCGUCUGACACGAAAGCGCAAGUCGCGUCACUACGAAGAAGACGAGUCGUCUGCAGACGAAGUACCGCAGGAGAGGGACUAUGCGCCGCCGGACGACACCCUCCUCGACCAGCAGCUCCAAGAUGCAGCAGAUGCGAACCUGCAACGCGACGACUGGAUGCAGGCGCCGUCUUCCAUGGACGUCGACUACGUGCAACGGAAGAAGCGGGAAGAAAAGACGACAUACGUGAAAGCUUCCGAAGACCACCAAGAUGCGCUGAAGGGAGGAUUAAACACUCACCUGGCCCACGCGGAUAAUCAGGAGCAAGACAUACAAAAAGAACCAGCACAACGCGAAGUCAACUACACAUUUGGCGAUGCUGGGUCGCAAUGGCGCAUGAUGAAGCUCAAGGGCAUAUAUCGGGUCGCCCAAGAGUCGGAACGCAGUGUCGAAGAGGUGGCCAUGGAGAAGUAUGGCGACCUACGGGACUUCGAUGAAGCGCGGGAAGAAGAGAUCGAGGUGGAUCGAAGAAACAUGUACGGCAAGGACUAUGUUGGCAAAGAGAAGCCUUCUGGUGAGCUUUAUGAAGAGCGGAGAUUGAAGGCAAACAUCCAUCGACCAGCCCGACAGCAUCACGAAGCGGAAGACCUACCACAGGGCGAAGUCGUGCCAGAUCAGCAGCCAACAGUCAUUCUCAGUCAGACUGAAUUGAACAAGCUCAAGGCCCAGAUGAUGAAGGCCAAGAUGAAAAAGGCACCAGACGCCGCCAGGCUUGAGGCAGAAUACAAUGCAGCAUCUGCGCAUUCCGCUGGAGGUGGUCAGAGCCGCGACGUGGUAGUGCUAAACGCAAUGGACAACCGCAUGCUUGCCGGUGGCCGACAAGGCGAGGUUACGGCAAUUACAAACAAGCGCGGCACAGAGCGUGGCACCGUCAAGGAGAACGAAGACAUGAGCAUCGAGGACAUGGUGCGGCAGGAGCGGCGAACAAAGGGGCAAAACGAGGGCCUACUUCUCGCUGAAAAGAUCGGCAAAGACGCAAAGUUCGACAACGACCUCGACUACCUCGACGACAACGCCUCGAAACUCGCCUCCCGCGCCCCCAAAUCCACAAUCAGCCUCCGCAACCAAGCAAUCGAAGACUACCAGCGCACAACCCGCAUCCUAGACGCCUGCCCCCUCUGCCACCACGAAGACAAAUCCCCGCCCCAGCCCCCGCUCGCCCCGCUAGUCUCCCUCGCAACACGCACCUUCCUAACCCUCCCCACAGAGCCCGAAAUCAGCACCGGCGGCGCCGUCAUCGUGCCCAUCCAGCACCGCACCAACCUCCUCGAAUGCGACGACGACGAAUGGGAAGAGCUGCGCAACUUCAUGAAGUGCCUCACCAGAAUGUACCACGACCAGGGCCGCGACGUCGUCUUCUACGAAAACGCUGCCCACCCCGGACGCAAAGGCCACGCUGCGCUAAACGCUGUGCCUAUCCCUUUUGACCUUGGUGAAACGAGCCCGGCCUUCUUCCGCGAGGCUAUCCUCUCCUCCGAUGCGGAGUGGAGCCAGCAUAAGCCUAUUAUCGAUACGCUGAAGGCGUCGAGGUCGGGCAUGGGCAAGGCGGCGUUUCGUAGGAGCUUGGCGAAGGAGAUGCCGUAUUUCCACGUCUGGUUUGAACUUGAUGGUGGGAUGGGGCAUGUGGUGGAGGAUGAGCGGCAGUGGCCGCGGGGCGACUUGUUUGCGCGUGAGGUGCUGGGCGGGAUGCUGGAUGUUGGUGUUGAGGUGGUGAAGCGGCAGGGGCGGUGGGUCAAGGGGGACCGGAGGGUCGAGGCGUGGAGGAAGGGGUGGCGCAAGUUUGACUGGACGAGGGUGCUUACAGAGGGGUGAAGAAGUGAAGCAAAUUAAUGUUUGCGCAUGGGUAUAUCGAACAGGUUGUGUUAUAUUGAGGACACAGAUGCGAGCAAUCAACGUCUAUCCACCC